AUGCCACCGUCAAUGGGCAUCCGGUUGGUGCUGUUGGUCCUCGGUGUAUCCGCUUGUGUCGGUCAAGCGACGGAAGCGGACAUUCGCACGAAUGACGAUCAACACCACCCUCGAUCGGACAGGCGUACGCUGAAGGCUGAACCGAUUUACGACGCACAUGAAGAGGAGACCGAUUACUGGCGUGGUGUUGGCCAGAAAUUCUUGGAGGAACAGUCCACGCGCCAAAUGGAUGAACACCGAGCGAAGAAUGUGGUGUUUUUCAUCGGUGAUGGCAUGUCCCUGACGACGGUUGCUGCUGCGCGCAUGUACAUGGGCAACGAGAACAUGUCCCUGUCGUUCGAACAGUUUCCCUACUUCGGACUGACGCGCACCUAUUGCGUCAAUCGGCAGGUGGCGGACUCGGCCUGUACCGCAACGGCGUACCUAUCCGGUGUGAAGACCAACUACGGCAUGAUCAACGUAGCGGCUAGUGUCCGGCGUACCACCUGUGACUACGAUCACGAAGCAACCGAGUUCAAAGGACUGCUCCAGUGGGCACAAGAAGCCGGCAAAGCGACUGGGCUUGUAACCAACACACGGAUAACCCACGCAACUCCAUCUGGGGCGUAUGCUAGCAGCGCAGAGCGUGAUUGGGAAGAUGACACCGAGGUGAACACCGAUUGUCCGACGACUCCUGAUGAGCGGAAACCACGGGAUAUUGCGAGUCAGCUCGUAUACGGUGACAUUGGCAAGAACCUGAAGGUAGCGCUGGGUUGUGGACGUCGCUACUUCCUGCCCAAAGAAACACGGGACGAAGACGGCAUCAACGGGACGCGAUCGGAUGGCGUGAACCUAAUCGAUGCCUGGAAAGAACUUCACGCCGAGAUGGGCACCGCGCAGUACGUUUUCGACAAAGCGAGCAUGCUGGAGGCAUCUAGCUCCGGUAAGACGGACUACCUGUUUGGGUUGUUCGGAAGCAGCCACUGUCUGUAUAACCUCGAGAUAGACGAGCAACAGGUGGGUGACAGAAAACCAAAGCUCACCGACAUGGUGGAAGCUGCGCUCAACAUGCUCGAAGGCAGUGAAAAGGGCUACGUACUGUUCGUCGAAGGUGGGCUCAUCGAUACAGCACAUCACUCGAACCGACCGCGGCUUUCGUUGGAGGAAACGGCUGAAUUCCACCGGGCGAUUGAUUUGGCACGUAAGCGCACAAGCGUUGAUGAUACGCUGAUUGUCGUAUCCUCGGAUCACAGCCACACGCUGAUGUACAAUGGUUAUCCGACACGUGGAAACGACGUACUGGGUAUCGCGGCUAUCAGCAGCCGAGAUGGGUUGCCUUACACCACGCUCAGCUACGCCAACGGUGAGGGUUUCUACCAGACAUACGUCGAUGGCAAUCCAGCCCAACGCAUCGACAUCAGCAGCUACAAUCUAAAGGACUACCGGCAGCGCUAUCUCGCCACGGUACCGCUAACAUCGGAAACGCACGGUGGAGAAGAUGUUGGCGUGUACGCCAGUGGUCCAAACGCGCAUCUGUUCAGCGGUGGCACCGAGCAAAACGUGAUACCCAUGCUGAUAGCCUACGCGGCCAAUAUCGGCACCGAGUUCGGUUGGGUGACGAACGACGCCCAGCCAGAUGACAAUGGGGAUGCGAGCAUAAUGGCCGUCGCCCAGCUGCUGCCCAUGUGUCUGGCACUGGUCGGUACAUUCGGUUGGCGGCUGUUCCGAGCGGUUGUGUAA